UGGCUCGCUGCAUUGUUUGACACCAUAUGUUGUAUUUACCUAUUUACCUAUUUGUAGUCUACAGGACCCGAGCUAAGCUCUAAUAUUCCCGUCUCCAUAUCUACAUUCAUCCAGCCUUUCCUUCAUUUGAUGGAUACUGCUCGGCACAGUGCUCGCCUCCACCGCCUCUUCCCACAUGGGUGCUGAAACUUGAAACGGCUGCUUGAGAUGUCCCUCAACUGCUUCAGGCAAGCUUAUAUCAAAGAUGACAGGAGAACUUCUGGAAAAUCCUCACCACUGCCUGGCUCACCAGCAUUGUCUCUUCCUCUUUUGGCUGUUGAAAAUGUGUGGUCCCUAUCAUCAGAAUAUCACUUGAAAGAUAUAACACUCUCAAGAGGACAUGUGGACCCCCAUGAGCAAAUAAUGAGAUACCAGGAAGAGUAUUUAACAGACAUUAUAGACCCACCCCCAGGAUAUGAAUGGCCUCCCAAAAGGAUGGAAGGAACUGCCCAGUUGAAAUGGCAGGUUUCAGCAUCUGACUCGUCAUUUGGUGUCUCGGGAGAAAGAUCAUCCACAGGAAAUGUAUGGGACAUGCUUGUGGGUCUACUUGGAUCAGAAAAAGGUGACAGUGUUAUCAGGACUACAGAAAGAUUAUCUACAUGCACUUCAUAUGAGAGUGAGUUCUUGAUCAAUGCAAUGACAAGACGUAAUCCCAAAGACUCUGGAGGAAAGAGCUGUGAGGCAACAGACAAGUCAACAAAAGAUGGGUAUCAGUUAUCAGUUUCUUUUGAAGAUUUUCAUCCAUCUAAAAACUACAGAAGUUUAGCAGUAAAUGAUGAUGAUAAAUUAACUUAUAAGCACAAAUUUCCACUAAUAAGAAAUAAGUUGCAGGUGGUUCCUCUUCAAAGAGAAAAGAUAAGUUAUGGUACUCUGUGUACUCCAGAAUGUCCUGUACUUGAAAGUCCUAAGGAAGAAUAUCAUAUGCCUCAAAGAAGUGAGCCUGAGUCAGACAACAAAGGUGGAGCUGUGUACAAGGUAUUCGAUAAUGCAAUAUCAGUAAAAAUGUUUAAAGCAGACAAAUUCUCUUCAAAGUCAGAGCUUCAUAUGAAAAAUCCUUCAAACUCAUCACUCAUCACAAAAUCAAUCCAGCAACAUUAUGAGAAAUCUUAUUUUGAUGAAAACAAAUCAAAAAGAAAGGAAAUGGUAAUGUCUAAACAGAGAGGAAAGAAUACAAGGAAAAAAAUUGAUAAGGUACCUUUUAAAAGGAAUAAAUCAACCCUCCUUGAGUAUCCCCAGGUAUUGGAGCUCCCCAAAGUGAUUAUUAAACCCAAACCUCGAGCAGGGACGCCUUUAGCUCUACCAAGUGUAAAUAAUGUUCAGAGUGCUAAAACUGAACACUUACAGGACUCGGUGGUGCAGGUUUCUAAAAUAGUGGACAAAGCAUCACUGGAAAAAAACCCUGCCCUGACAAUACAAGACUACAAAGGAAGCCAAGAUGUCCUCGUGUUGACAGAUACUUUGAUGAAAUUUCUCAAUCCACUUUCUGAUUGUGGUAGGCUACAUCCAAUUUUGAUGAGUAGCCAGGAAAAUGAAAAUGGUUUCCCUGAUACUAUGGUAAUUGAAUUUAAUGUAUGUCCCAGUCUCUCAUUAGAAAAUAAGUCAAGUCUUGAUAUGGAAAAAAAUGCAUCGGUGGUGAAGCAAAUGAGAAAUACCAACCAAAGCCAAUGUUUUACUGGACUAUUCAUGCCCGGCCAGGGUCCAAAACGACCAAGUGUAAUGUCAAAACUUGGUAAUACAAAAAUGUUAAAAGCGGCAGAAUUGUGGGAGGAUAAAGGAGAAGUAAAUGCAACUCGGUCUUUAACAAAUGAUUCACAGCCUCCAAAAGAAAAGAAUUCACAUAUUCCAGAACUGUCAAAUACAAUAUCAAAGCUUGCUCAACCAAAACUAGAGGUGCAUACAUCAAAUAUAACAAAUUUUUUAACAAAUGAGUCGAGGCUUUCAGAUGACAAGAGUGGACACUUUCCAGAACUGACAGAUAUAAUAUCAAGGUUUUCCCAACCAAAAAUAAAAGAAUCUUGGAAGGAUGAAGAUGCAGCCAAGGUAACUGAGUCUUUCACUAAUGCAUCAAAAUCACAAGAAACGGAAACGGCCCCAGUCCGUGAAACAAGAAAGUGUCGUGGACUUGAUGAAGAUUUUUUCAGUUCCAUACCAUCUGCCAGAUCACUGAAGAGCCGUGAAAGGUGGAAUGUCAAGAGUCCUGCACUGCCGCGUUCAUCUAGAAUUCAGCAAAACUCAAGUGGGUCAGUAGCGGCAGUGGAAGAAGGUUUUCCUCCAGAGCAGCAGCUUAAGUUACUACUUCAUGCACGUCACUGUCGGAUGGUGAAGUGUGGUGUGGACUCCUGUCAUGAGACAAAAGUGCUCCUAAGACACUGUUACUGGUGUAGAGAGGAAACCAUGUGUCGAAUUCCAUGCUGCUCAAUCUCCAAAACUUUGUCGAAACACUGGGAUGCCUGCAAAGUGUUUCACUGUCCACUUUGUACCUCUCUCAGGCAGUGCUAUGGCCAGGCAAGGAUUGACAUUAAGGGUACCAGAGGCUACUCAUCUAAUUAUAAUACAGUAAAGUAUGGUCCAUAUAUGGCAAACAGCAGCAGCAAAAAUAUAACCAAUCCUUCUACCUCCAAGUUUAAUGUUAGAAAUAGUUCACUUCCCACCAGUGCCUCCAAGAGCCAUGAAGCCACUGUACUGCCUAAAACAAUAGCUGGCCUCCAGAGCCAUAUUUUGUUUGGUGACAAAUAUAAGCCAUCAAAAUCUCCUCAACGUGAUGACCUGCAGGAGAAAAGUGGAUGCCGUACCCAAUUUGUUGAAAAAACUUUCUCUGACGUGUGCCAAACAGGGUGGGAUUUUCCACUUGGUAAUAAUGACCUGGGAGAAAACCUUAACCAUAUUUUAUGGAGCAACAGGCCUGAGGAAGACAUUCAUCCAGAAACUGCAACUGAGUUUGUGUCAAAGAAGGAAGGACCAAAACUUGCAGCUGGGUUCACCAUGUUGGCUGAGCACCUCAGGGACCGCUUGGAUUGCCUUCUUCAUGGUGUUGCAUGUGAAGAACCUGAUAAUAAAGCUUCAGGAGAGUGCACCAUGAAGCACUGCAGCAUCAUGAAGAGCUCUGUGAUUCAUAUGUCUUCAUGUAAUGAGUUUCAGUUUUGUUCAAAUGUCAUCUGUCUCCUCUUCAGUCCUCUGUUUUUGCAUUGGAAGAAAUGUUGUGGUUCAUGUGCUGUUUGUGGACCUAUCAAUAUGAAGUAUAACAAGAAAAAACUGUUGAAAAAGUUACCGUCUGCACUUGUCAAAAGUGAAAUUAUAUCAGAGGAGACUGUAUUUAAUAGACACAGAUUAAGUGAGCACACAUGGAGGGCAAGUAGCAUUGCAGCUCCUUAUUAUCUUAGAGAGUAUAUGAUGAUGGAAGAGUUAUCAAUUCCUACAGUAAAUAGUGGCUGCUCUCUGCAGUUAGCUGGAAGUAAGAAGAGUCAAGCACCUACACAGUUAUUUGCAGGAAAUACUUGGGACCAGCUGACUGGUAUUGAUUUGAACAAACCAAGAUUUUUAGAAAACUCCGGGAAACCGGAUGUCCGUACUACUGUAUUUUCAGAGCCUCAUUUGGAACAGAGUAGUUCAUACUCUGGAUAUAAUGAGAGUAGUGACACAGGUAUGCAAGAUUUACUUGCUGCAAUAAGCUUGUAUAACUCUGUCACUGGCAUCUAGUCAUGUGGGGUGAAUGCAGACAACAGUUGUUCUUUGUAAGGUGCAGUGAAGAUGUGGUUUGGCAUUCAAAGUUAGCCACAAGAUGUAGGUGUGAUGUACUUACUGCAGUAACAACUUAAGUCCUGACAGAACCGUUGAGGUUAUACUUUUUAAACGAUUAACAAAGUUACUCCAUGCGUCAUCACCUACUUACCCUUACUGUUAGUACAAGUCAGCUGAGAAAAUUUUAUUUUAGUUUCUUUUAUUGUACUUUUUGGUCUUAUUUUGGGCAAGACGUUUUAUGCAAGGAUUUUGAAGAAUGAAAGUGACAAUACAGAAA